AUGAAACAUCUUAAAGCAUUGUUAGUGGUGUUGACCGUAACUCAUUUCCCGAUUGUAGUGUUUAACACAAGGAUCUAUGUGAAGCACUUUCAAUGUGUAGGUCAUCCCUAUGAAAUCACUAAACUCCACUACUGUCACCUGGAAACGUAUCGCAACGGAACGCAGGUCGCGGGAGUGAUUGUAGAAAUUUUGAACAACUUGCAGAAAGUGUACGUUACCGGAGGCCUUUACAUACAGUAUUUUCGAACGCGCACGCAACUUUUGGCUACCACAAUGGAGUACUGCCAGGAAACCAACAGCCAGCUAUCAGUGAAAAAUGCAGCAAUAAAAUUUGCUCUCGAGUAUGCGCUACAGCAUUUUCCUCAGCUGCUCGUAGACUGCCCUUUGCAAAUCGGUAAGCUGUUCAACGUUACUAACGUGCUUGUUGAUGACACUCUGAUACCAACUUUUGUGAUUCCGGGAUCAUAUUAUGUGCAGUUACGAGUAUAUAAUAAACGAAAUCAAACUGUGUUUAGUGGUUGGUUAGACGCUGAUAUCAAAUAA